CACAGCUGCUCAGUGGAAAACAAGGACAAAGCAUUUCCCCUGCGUGUGCAUCACCAAAAUGGAUGCUUUUCAGGGCCUUUUAAAAUUCUUCCUUAACCAGAAAACUGUUAUUGGGUACAGCUUCAUGGCUCUGCUGACCCUGGGAAGUGAGCGCCUCUUUUCAGUGGUGGCUUUUAAGUGCCCCUGCAGCUCUGAGAAUAUGGUCUAUGGGCUGGUGUUCCUCUUGGCACCUGCCUGGGUGUUACUAAUUUUGGGAUUCUUCCUGAAUAACAGGUCAUGGAAACUCUUCACAGGCUGCUGUGUGAAUCCCAGGAAAAUCUUCCCCAAAGGCCACAGCUGCCGCUUCUUCUAUGUCCUGGGUCAGAUCACUCUGAGUUCAUUGGUGGCUCCGGUGAUGUGGCUUUCUGUGGCUCUGCUCAAUGGAACUUUUUAUGAAUGUGCCAUGAGCGGAACAAAAAGUCCAAGACUGCUGGGACUGAUUUGCAAGGAUAAGCCUCAAGAGUGCUGGGAAGAACUUCACAAAGUAUCCUGUGGCAGAACCAGGCUAUUAUCCUCUGACGAGGAAGAGCUGAAAUUGUCCCUUCAGGCCCAGUCUCAGAUUCUAGGCUGGUGCCUGGUCUGUGCGGCAUCUUUCUUCUCCCUGCUCACCACCUGCUAUGCUCGCUGCCGGUCUAAAGUUAGCCAUCUUCAGCUGAGUUUUUGGAAGACAUAUGCACAGAAGGAGAAGGAGCAUUUGGAAAACACAUUUCUGGACUACGCCAACAAGCUGAGUGAGAGGAACCUGAAAUGCUUUUUUGAAAACAAGAGGCCCGAUGCCUUUCCUAUGCCCACUUUUGCUGCCUGGGAGGCUGCUUCCGAGCUGCAUUCUUUCAACCAAAGCCAGCAGCACUACAGCACCCUGCACAAGGUGGUGGAGGAUGGUCUGGAACUUAGCCCCGAGGAGGAUGAGACCACCAUGGUCCUCGUGGGUUCUGUCCACAAUAAGUAGCUCGUUCACCAUCACUGACCGUGGUGUCGAGUGGCAGAUUCAUGCCAAGAUCCUCCUACUGUAUGGACAGCAAUCUGUGUAUUUCUGCAUUUAAGAUUUCUUUCUUUCUUUUUUUUUUUUUACAAGACAGUAACACAAAGGGAACUGCCUUGGAACUCUCAAGGACCGACAGUGCCAGGACAUGCUCACAUGGACUCUGCCUGGUGACGAAGGUGCCCUUGCACUGGUGGAGAGUUGGACUCAUUUGGCUCCAAUACUACACCACGUUCUGAGAUUUUAUAAUUUAACAGAGAUAUUUAUAAAUGAAGGUCUGCCAGUCUCUGUAAAUACUGGUCACAGAAGCUAGAGGCAGAAGCAGUAGCUUGUGUCAAGUUACUCUUACCACUGGUUGCCCUACCUGGUGGCAGGUGCUGUGUAGUCAGCAGGAGUCUUUGUCCUGCAAAUCUGUCCUAUAGCCUUUCAAGGACAUAUGAAAUUCUACCCUUUGGAAUUCAUUCCCUUGGAAUCUGAAAACUUCAGUUCUCAAAAUGAAAGAACAUGAUGCCUAAAAUUCAGUUUUUCACACAUUUUUGGUGUUUACUGAAAAUAUACUCCUGGAGGCCUGGCCAUGUUUUUUGCGGGGCCCUAGGCACUUUUAUCUCUGUGGACCAUUUCUUACAUUCUAAGUAGCAAUAAAAAUAAAUAAAUAAAUAUAUACACAAA